CCAGUUGUGUUUAAAGAAAGCUGUAAGUAAAUGAAGAACAUUUUAUUCAAAACAUCGGUCGCUUGUUAUCUAUCGGGAGACACUUGAUAAAACCAAUUUUGAACCGUGCGCGUUGGUCCUUUAUUCUACGACUACCAGCUAGCGUGUUUUACAUUACGUUAUGUUUCAGCCUUUUGGUGUCUGUAUUGCAGUGGAGAUGGUAUUGUUUGUUUUUGCAAACAACUCUAGCGAAAAUAGUGAAAUUACCGCGAUUUUGCAAAGACUCGAGACUUUGGAAGAAGAUGUAUCCAUGCUUAAUCAGACGCUGAACUCUUGCCCUAGUGAAUGCAACGAGUUUUCCAAAUCAAACACCGAGAGAAGAGAGAAACGAAUUAUACCGCAGGGACAGGGGUCACAGGUUGCCUUUCAUGCCCAACUCACUCAUACCAUUUGGAAUCUUGGGAUUCACCAAACCAUUCGUUUCGAUUCUGUACUUUUGAAUGAGGGGAACGGGUAUUCAACUCGCUCAGGAGUAUUCGUCGCCCCAAUAUCCGGUCUCUACGUCUUCGCCUGGACCAUUUCAGAUAAAGAGACACAUUGCAUGAAAUAUGACGUUGUGAAGAACAGCGUGGUUUUGACUUAUCAUAUAAGCGAUGCUGCUAAUCACCCUGACUGGGCCGUGUCGUCAGGAACUAUUGUUACCCGGAUGAACUCAGGGGAUCGUGUCUGGAUACGAGUAUCCGAUUUCCUCACAUGCUCACACACUGUUUAUGGCACUGUUUAUGGCACUUCUUUGUUUGUGGGAUAUUUGCUAAAUGGGGCUGUUUGGACAACAGUCAGUCCACGUCAUCUCCGUUUGCCGAAUACUUACUAAAUUACUAGUAUUUAACACAUUCAUGAAUUACUGGGUCGAGACGCAAAACAAUUUUAUUUUUUUUUUCAGGAGUACAUGUAGUUUUCUUUAUUAGUCUGUUUAAUCCGUUAACGGCCUAUAAGUCUCUAGGAAUGUCUUUAAUAAAAAAAAAAGUGAACUGCCCACAGCUAGCAAUCAUGUGCAUGACUGACCGUAGGAUUCUCAUGGGGAUAUAUAUAUUACAUAAUAUGUACAUGUAAAAUAUGGAAUAUAGGAUGAUGAUGAUGAUGUUGAUGAUGAAAUAUGAAUAAUAUGCAUGAAUGUAAUUAUCAUAAAAUGCACCCUAUUACAUCUAUUACAUGUAAAUGUAAUCAUUGAGUUAAAUUAAGUUCUCAAACGAUACCAGCAGUCGAUCAUUUCUAUAUUUUAAUAAAAAUGAUUAUUUAUAUAGAAUUUUGCCAUAAUAUCGCAUAUUUUAGAAUAUAAAAUUUUUUUCGGGUGUUUAGA